CGUCCUCCGGAAAUGAUCAAAUGUUUCCGCGCUGUAGACGGUUGACGAGCACAUCCGAAGCUCUAAUAAUAAUAAUUAUAAUAUUAUAAACGCCGUUACUAUGUUACGUGCCAAUAAAUUUACCCUACUGUUGGCGGCCAUUGUGGUGUGUGCGGCGUGCAAUUGUGUGGCCGGUAUAAAAUUGGACGAGCACAGGAACGAAAAGAGUAAGUACCUAACACAAUCUAACUUGCCUAAUAAUAUUCCGGAUCGUUUGGCGAUAUUGCAGUUGUCCGCGCAUUUUUCGGUUUGACCUAAUAUUGAUACCUGUGUACACUAAACAUUUCUCGAAUUCCGACAACGAAUUUGCCGACUUCCGAAAAUAUGUUUAUUUGUUUUUUGAUCAAUUUUUAAGUAUGCAACAGUUUUCACAUUUUUCUGGUACAAUAUUUGUUAUAAUCAACUUAUGAGAUUUUUUCGCGAUAAAUUCUCCCCCCCCCCAAAAAAAAAAAAAAAAAAAAAAAAAAAAAUUUUAGAAAUAAAUACAUUUUUUAUCGACUUAAGUUUUAUAUUACCAUCGAAUCGCCGACUCGGCAAGUUUUAAUUUUCGAGUUGGAGGCUUUACACCGCCCCUCCUAACACCACCCUUGUACCUAUACGUUGAAAUCACCGUAUAGGUACCUACAAACGAACAAAUUUUUGUUUUUUGCUUUUAAAAUAUUAUGCGAAUUAUACGAUUAUUUUUUUGUUUAAAGCAUCGUUUUAUAUACGCACCUCUUUAAUGUAACAAUUUCCAAUAACAACCGAGUAACAAAAUUACAAUCAUCGUCCAAAUGAUAAUAUGAGACACAACCGCGUAACGGUAUAAUUUCUACAAUAAAUCGUCAUAAUAAUGAUAAUAUUAUCGAACUAUACCUGCAGUAAAUAAUACCACUGUAAUAAUAUUAUAAGGAUAUAGUGAACAGGUUUUCGUGCGAUAGAACUUCUACACGCGCAAAACACUUGUUGUUUACUUGAAAAUACAAUAUCGUUACUAUUAUUAUUAGUAAAAAAAAAAGAAAUAAAAUAAAAAAUCCACACGAUAAUUGUUUUUUUAAAUUUUAAAUCGUGAAUUUUCUUAAAAAACAAAUUAAAAAAAUUAUAAACAGGUUAAUCGCGUUGAUAGUUGAAUAUUAUAGUAAUAUUACGUUAAAAAAAACCACUGUAGCCGUGAAGAUUCUAAAUAGGAAAAUUGUUUUUCCCCCGACCACAAAAUUCCGCUAUACUCUAUUACUAACUCAGUCUAUUGUCAUCUAUUCCGAAUAUUCAAUUAAUUAUCUGAAGAAAAAAUAAUAACAAAAUAGGAAAAUAAAUUCGAAUACAAUAUAUGCGUAAUGUACCUAAACAAAAUUCAAACGCGAAAUAUAAUAAUAUAGUUAAAAAAGAAAUAGAAAUAGAGUUAUGUAUAAUAUACAUAACUAUAUUAUUCUUUUGUGAAUGUUUUUUUAAAAAAAUUGUUCGUUGAUAAAACACGCAGCGUUUGUACACGAUUAUUUUACAAAUAAUAUCGCUUUAGAUAAAAUAGUGUUGUUUUAUUCAUAAAUUUUUGGCACGUGCUAUUUGCGUAUUCUAUUGGAACAGAGAAAUUGAACCAUUCGGUUGAAAAACCGCGUUCCUUUAAUAUCGUUCUAUAAAAAUAUUAUGUAUAUUACGUCUCAUCGAUAUAAACGCUAUGAGAAUUAAAAAUAUAUUAUACCUAGACGUUGUUAUAUGAAACGUCAGCGUCAGAAUGUACAGUGAUUUUCGGUAACCGAUUUUUACUUAUAACAAUGACUUCGUAAAAUAUUCUCUAGAAUAAUAAAUCGAACCAUUAUGUAUACAUAUAUGUGUAAUGGUUUUUUACAGUAAUCUAUUGAACAUAAUAUAUAGUCAUACUUUAUAAUUGUUUAGACGCGAUAUUCCGCGUUCUCCGUUUUCUAAAAUUGUACGCGUUAUUAAAUUUUGUUUUCAUUCCGGUAAAAUAUAAUACGACAAAUCGAAUUAAACAUAAUAUUAUAUAUUAUGAUAUGGUUCGUAUAUUCGGUAUGUUAAUAUAAACACUAAAGCCGGGUUUACACGUCAAACAUUUUUAAACCAUUCCUCAAGUUCCUCACUCCUCGAGUUAUACGUUAUAUUUAUGUCGAUAUAAUAAAUAAUAUUAACUGACACAUUUGAUAGUUUGUACGGUAUUUAUAAAGAACUAAAUAAAUAGGAUUUCAUGAUUUGAAAACCUGUUUUUAAUAACCAUAAAAGGAAAAAAACAAUAUUCACCGGUUGUAAUUAAACCUAACAAAAUUAUAGAAGUACGAAAAUCAUUAAACCGAAAACAACACAUACGAAAAACUUUCUUCUUAUUUCUCCGCGCCUCUCUGUCCCUACAAACAAAUGGGCUCGACUACUCUUGUUUUUCGGCAUCCACAACCCGCGUCCUAAUGAACAAUUCUACCCAAUUUGUCUUUCAUCUAUAGAUGCCUCUUCUCGAGCUUUUCUUUAUACCUAACUCAAAUCCGGACUUUCCGAUCCUUCUCUCGUCGUGUCCAAUCCAUUUUCUCUCAUUUUAACUGAUAUAAUAAUUGUUGAACAUUUCUUUUUUUCGAUUAGAUUAGAUUUUUGUUUAAACAAACGGUAGGUACUACGGCGUUUCGUCGUUCCGAACAGACGUUCACAGAUACGUUUCCGCAUCAUUACUAUUUGUGUACAAUACAAACGCUAUAUAAUUUCAGACCUGUUAUAUCAGAAUCUAUUUAAACCAGAUCAGUUGGGCAAGACGAGCAGCGGUGCUGCUGCGUCCGCUCGGGCCACGUCUAGGCCGGCGCAGGGCGACGGCACACCUCCGGGACCGAUGGCCAAGCACGCCAAUAACAAGUCGACGGUGUCUACGGAUACCGAAGAGAUGUCUAAGACUAGAGCCGUGGUGGCGGACGUGAGUGGCGCGAAGAUAUCGGCCAACGAGAAACGAGCGGAGAAGUGCAAGGAAAAAUGUCCGGCCAACAUCAAAGAGUGUUGCCGGAACGCUAUUGCGGGUACGCGACCAUAUACCAUAAUAUUAUGAAAUUUAGAAAUAAUUAUUAUAACCCGGAUGCAAUAUAAUAUUAGAUAGUAUGAUACCUUCAACGCUAUUCGGCGAGUUACCAAAAGCCUCUUGUGGUCUUUUAGAAUUGACCACCUGUCACCAUGAUCGAAAUUAGAGGAAAACAAUUUGUUUACGCUUCUUAUAAAACAUUCAAAAAUAGAGACUGUACGCGUACUUGAUAAAUUAUUUUCCGACUUUUCAGAAAUCUUAAAAAUACUACGCUUUUAGAGGGGAGACGUGAAAACGAACGAACAGCAGGGGCACAAUCGCGGAUAAAAAGGGUAAUUUCCUAGGGUAGUAAAAUAUACAUGAUAUUUUUAGGUGACAAUUUUGAAAAAGUAAUAUUAAAAUACUAAAACUAAAGAAAAUGUUUAAGUAUGGAUGAACAUUGAACAUUUUACUCAUGUAAAUGGGCGGAAGGGGUUGAGAAAAUGUAUAAUAAUUCUAUAUGUGCCACUGACGAACAGCGACAAGUGAACUCGUAUAGGUGUGAAACGGUAUGAAACGCCAAAAAAAUAAUACAAAAUUACUUUCACUCUAGCGUUUUUGAUUUUUGUCUAUCACGUUUCUUGAAAUUGUAAAGUUAGAAUUUAAUAUUACUCUAAAUUAUUGCUGUCGGACAUAUAGUACCUACAUAAUAUUAUUGUACGCACAGAAAGAUAUAUACUCGUACGUCGAAUAAAAAUUAUUUCGAAAUAGAUAACUUGUUUUUUUUUUGUUUCUAAUCUACGCAAUGCCUAUUCACUUUAAGCCGCAUUUUACAACGAUUCGAAAUUAAUAAACUUUGAUAUGUACGCAGAAAAAAGUUGCCACAACGCCACUGACGAUCCGGUAUCAUAUUUCGUCAACCCCAGCUACCCCAACGAAGAUUGGGAUUCUUCAUUUUGCGACUUUCGCGUGGAUAUCAAGAACAGAAAUGUGUGUCAACUGAGGUAAGACGAUCCAUUGAUAUAACAAUUAUAGAGACGGAGGGUAAGACCCCCCCCCGGGAGAGGGAUUUACUCUGUAAUUUUAAAAUUCAUAUGACGCGGGCCCUAUCUCUUCUACCAAGAGUCGAGACACAUUCUAUAUGUAUAUAAAUAAAAAUAUACUUUUUUUAGUAAUUUUCGUUAUAAUAAAGAACAUAACUGAUUUUUUGCGAUAUUCAUUAAAUUUUCUUUCUCUUCUUACCUAGAUAUCAUAUUGUAUUUAUUUGCAAUUAAAUUUGAUUUUUUCAGGGGAAAAAAUACUUCACAAAUUUAUUUUUGGUAAAUAAUCAACUCGAAUGUUUCCAAAAAUGUAGUUUUAAAAAGAACCUACAUAAUAAUAUGUAGAAUGUAGAUAUAAUAUAUUUAAUUAUUAGUAAUACCCUAUCCUUCCUCUUAAAAAUAAAUUCUGAUUGCACCACUGACCGCAGAAGCGGGUCUAAUUUUACGUAUACUACAAAUGUCCACUAAACGAUUACAUUUAUUAUAACUAUUAUUAUUAUUAUUAUUCUAGAUUGGACUUAGAAGAAUUUUCAUUAAGAGGACCGCACAAGUACUUGGGCAGUUGUCGACAAGACCGUUUAAUCGUAUCCACCACGUUGCCGAACGGCAUUGGAAUAACCGAAUUGUGCGGAAACAACAGCGGCCAACACUGUACGCAAUCAUAUUUUUCUAUUUCUAACAUAACACUAUUAUAACUUUGAAAAAAAAGUGCUGAUACUGAUGACGGGUAUACCACUCUAGUAGGUGGGAAGUUUAGAAGAAAGGAUACAUUAAGUUAUUUAAUUUAUAUCCGUAAGCAACGAUAAACCACUGCUUAGAUAAACCACGAAAACGAUUCGGAAAAAUGUUCGGUUAUAUAUGUUUUGAAUGGCAGUAAUUUUUAAGAUCUACGUCAAAAUUUAAAAUGAAAACUCUUAUAUAAAAAAAAAAAAAAAAAAAAAAAAAAAUAGUACGACUUAUAAUAAACCUCUUGUUAAAUUUUCAAGUAUUUCUGUUUAGUCUAACAAUUUUAUACGCAGAUUAUACUUACUAAAUACAAAUUACGUAAAAAUCUCACAAAAUUAAAAUGAUUAAAAAUAGCUCAAAAAUGGCUUAAAUGUUUUGAACUACAUCUAGAAAAAGUAAAUUGAAGUUCACUGUUGAAAUGCCAUGUCUUUAUGAAUAUUUUUAACGGAAUUAAAACAAAAAAACAUAAUUGAAAAUAAUAAAAGCAUUAGUUUCGUAAAUUUGCUCGUUCUUUCUACAUUUUUUCUAAAUUAUUAUAAAAACUACUUGGAAAACCAAAUAACAACUUUCUUUGACAACAAUUAGAUCCAUAAUGCAACAAAAAAUGUCGUUUUUCUAUCGAAGCAAUAUUUCUGGUAGAAAACAUAAGUGACAAAACGAUGGACAUACUCACACGAUGUUGUAUGUGAAAGUUUGGGAAGGUAGAAUAUAGAGGAGAAUUUAAUUUAUAUCUGUACGAAAUGAUAAACCAUUACUAACGAAAAAUGAUUCAGAACAUAGUUUUUUGUAUACAUGUACGUAAAUUUUCCUGUUUUUUUCAAUUGUUAUGAAAACCAAUUGGAAAAUCAAAAAGUGGCCUUCAAGUACCAACUAGAUAAAAUUUCCUUUCAGAAAAUGUAAAAGGUGUAACACUCGAUACAUCGAAGCAAGAUUUCUAGUAGAAAUUGUGUACAUUAUAUAAAAAAAAUAAUAGUUAACAUCAAUGUAAAACCAAUACAUUCCUCGCUACACUCCGAAUCUGAAAUAAUAAUCACUUCCUUAAGUACUUACCUGUAGUAUGUUAUUGCUCUCGAUUUACAGUCCGUUCACGUGUAAUUUUUAUACAAAAUCGUCAUUGACAUAUUCUUAAUAAUUUUCUGAAACUAAAGUAGUAUAUAAUCAUGCACCGAACGCGUCCACGAAGCGAUAACAUAAAUAUUAUUUUGCUCAUCACGUUUUCUUUUUUUUAUUAAUUAUUGCCAAUCAUCUUCUAUAGUCUUCUAUAGUCCAUCAUAUUCGAAUCUAAUACGACAUUUUAAAUUCAUUUCGAGUACAUUAUUAUUAGGUAUUACAGUGAUGUGCACAAUCGAAUAGUAACUAUCCAACUAUUUGAUAGUUAAUCGCGUUAGAAUUAUUAAAAUGAUUAAAAAAUAUUCGAAUGAAUACAUUCGACAGUUGUUCAAAUUAUCGAUAGUAUAAACUAUUUGGAAGUGCCCACCAAUAGUUAUUAUAAAUAAUAAACUGAAAUUAAAUUGUGUACUUAUCUACAGUUAUUUUCUUUUUGAAAAUACACUUAAAACUCCCAACAUAAUUAAUGUUUUUCUUAUUCACAGUGUACUUCCCGGUGGACCCUAAAGCGGGCGGUUCGUCCGUAUCGCUCAUGAUGAUGACGUCACAGUCAUCCAGAUAUUUAUGGAAGGUUCGCAUAACCCAAAUCGACUGCCUCGCCGAUCCUCAAUCUGUCGGUGAGUUAAAAAUUAAAUUUUAAUAAUGUAGAAAAUUUAAACCUAUUUGCAAGAAAUUAUAUUUACAACAAUUAUAUUACUACACGAUCGCAGGAUUAUUAAAACAUUUAAUAAUCACAUUUUUUUUUUUUUUUUGAAAGAGAAAGAACUUUAUUCGCUUUUUAAUAAAAAAAAAAAAAUGUAUAAGCAUUUAAAUUAAUAAUAGCUACGAAAACGUUUAAUAUAAAGGUUUUAUUGUGUUCGUAACUGUUAUUUACGAUAAGUAUUAUAAACAAGAGUAUACAAUAUAGUGGCGUCAUUUGAGGGUGUAGAUACUUGCAAGUCAUUUACAAACGGUCCAAAUUUCAACCUCAUCUCAAGUUGAAAUGUUUGUCGAUCUCUGGCUUUUUGAGUCGGGGGGGGGGGGGAGUUUUAAAAUAUCGAAACAAUCCAUGGUCAAAUCUUUCUCAGACUUUUCUACUUUCCGACCGAUUUUUACGUCUUAAAUUAUAAUACGCGCCGAAAUCAUGUACUUAUGAAUAUAUUUCUUUGUAAGUAGGUACCUGUAUGAAAAUCCGAAAUACCUACAUGAAAUUGCUAUAUUUCGCCCCAACGGCUACCGAUAAGUAAUAAUAUUGCACAAAAUAACGCCACUGAACAUAAUAUUAUAGCGGCGAGCUUGUCGAAUUUUUUACAUUUUGUUGUCGAAUUUUCCCCUGAAAAUAAAGACGGGUUUUCCUGCAACUAAUCCUAAAGACUUCCUCUGUACCAAAUGAGCUCAAACUCGGGAAUAAUAGUUGUUUUGUAAGCGAAUUGAAGUGAUAAAAGUUUAGUUUAAUUUAACUAGGUUCUAUUAGCUUUACAUCCCUACAGACUCCCCAAAUGAAACCAAGAGGAUGAAAUUGUAUACAUGCGUGAUGUUAGUAUUAAGGAUGAGCCUUUCGGGGGUUUAAACAUUCAACAUCGACCCUGAAUUAUUUUUAUGGACUAAUUUCACAUUUUUUUUUUUUUUGAAACUAGUAUAAUUUUAGUAUAUUUUAAAAUUGUGACACACUGGCGGCGUUUAGGGGUCAGGGAACAUAGAGCCCAUAUCAUUUCCAAGAUAUUUUGGUUUUAUUGCUCUUAGUUAUCACGCGUUGUAAACGCUAUAAAUAGUAAUAUAUUUUAGAAAUCUGCGUAGGCACAGAAGUUAUCGAAUAUAACCGCCGCUGUAGAUAGAGUUGACCUAUAGUCUGGUUUACGGGCCUGAGCGGGUAAUCAGCAGAUAAUAGAAUUUCAUUACGAAGAGUAUACGCAAUACGUACCGAAAGGAUAACGCACCCCCUCCCCCCCUAUAGGAUACGAAUCAAAUCUGCCAAUAUAUAUUGCCACUGUUAUUUAUUUUUAAUUUUUUUUUUACAAAUGUUAAAUUAAUAAUCGAAACGGAAGAGGGAAAAUUCGACUGUACAGUGACGGAGCUGUGCCACUCACGAGUAUUUUAUUUUUUUUUUUUUGUAACGACGCGUGUUUAUUGUUAUUACGGUGUAGCCGACGUGUAUACGAUAAUACGGCAAUGUACUCGCGCUGUAAUGGCGACAUAAUAUAUUAUUACCUCGGUCGGGAUCGAAAAUCGCUAUUCCGAAUAAACAUUACAAUAAUACUAUUAUCACAAUAACUCGCGUGUGCCCGUUUAGCACCUACCGGAUGUCUACAAUACCACACCAGCUUGAGCGGCACCAUACAGAGCUUCAACUACGCGGGCGGUAUGUACCAAUCGGGACUAGACUACGCGAUAUGCAUAAAACGGUCGGUGAACACUUGCCGGGUCGAAUUCCAGCAGGUGACCGGCUCCACGUUCGGCAUCAACUCGUUGGAAGGUCAGUAAUCGUAAACCGGAAUUACAUUCGUGUUAUCCGAAUUUAUUCAAACGAUCGUCGUUUUUUUUUUUCCCCCGUAGUCGUAAUUACGGGUACCUCCUAAUAGUCUCGCGCAGUAUAAUAUUAUUAAAUAACGCAGUCACGUAUACGUAAUGCAGACAGGGGUUAAAGUCAACAGAUUCGUCUUAACUGGUCUAAACUAAUAAUAUCCUAUAAGAAAAAAAAAAAAACAAUAACUAAACUUAAUUAUAUAAAAAAGUUCCUUAGUUAAAAGUUAAUGGUUAAAUGUUACUUUUUUUUUGUUUAGAAAAUUUUAACACAAUAACUAAGUUCAGUUCAAAUUAUUUAUUUAAAUAAAUAAGUAACCAGAGUUAUUUUCUAACAUUCGAUUUUUUUUUGUUUCGACUACCUGGGUAAGUUAAAAUUUAUCAAUAAAACAAAAUAAUUUAUGAAUCAACUUUUAAUUUUUUAACCGUUUACUGCCCAAAGUGUUACAGGGAGGUUAGGGGAUCCGAGCAAGCCACACGAAUUAGCGUAUUUAAAGUCCUUUCAAUUUCUUUUGUUUUUUAUAAACAUAAUAAUUUUUAUUAUAUUUUUGAACACCCAAGCACCCACGACCCACCCAGGUUUUUUACAAAAAUAUAUUUGGACGGAAGGUAGAGGUUGUACACUUCCAUACUCUUAUAGCAAAGAAGUUUGCAUACUUUCGACAGUAGGAUUAUUUAUUUUUCAUUAAAAAUGUCAAUAUUUUAUAACAUUCAUUUUUGGCCUUUUAGAUAACUAUUACUAAAUGCUACAUUUAAUAUUUUUCAGUAAAUACAGCCUAAAUGAUAAUGAUAUUCAUAUUAUUGUGAUGAUAACGCGGACUACGCAAUAUUGCCGUAUAAGUUAUAAUUUUCUAAAAGCAGGAAAACCACAAAAAAUUAUAAAUAGCAAUAAUAACAAUAUAUAGUAGUUAUACUUACUAGCAAUAAAAUACGAAUAAAACGAAAAUUGUAUUUUCAUCUUUCUCAUUGACACAAAUCACUUUUGAGACUCUAUCGAGUGAUUUACUUUCGUCAUGAUUUUCACGAAAUUUCGGGGGAGUUUUGAACUCCCCUCCCCCCCCAGCCCUUUUACGCGCGCCACUGUUAUAAUAUAACGUGUACUACGUCCGCGGCACUGGGUUUAUAACAUUAAAAUACCUGUACUGUUUCUGCAGCCUAAAACCACCAAGUACCUAUGUUGUUAUCAUUAUUAUUAUUAUAACCUCGAGCACGUCGAUUUCUAUUGCCUGCCCCGCAAUGCAUUAUUAUUUCGGUCCGGACUCCUCGACUCCCGUAAAUUCACUGAAUAUCGUGUGCGGCAAUAGCGGUUUACAAUAUUAUCGUGCGUGUUACAAUAUAUUGCGCCGGUACGGUUAAACGCGAAACUGCGUUGCGCUGGUUUCGCCAAACUAACGGACGGAUCGAUUGCAACCGCGCGCGCUCGUAUUAUGCGAUGCCGGUUUGGAAAAACUCGCGAACUUUCCACGCCAGCCGGAUUGCGAACGUAAAUGUGUUCACGUUUCCCUGGGGGGAUGUUUUCCAUCUGGAAGACCGAUAAUUGAUGGAGUCGUCAUUCGAGUUUUCAAGUCAUUAGCUAAACUUCCGUAAAACCGUACAGUUCUAAUUUGUCGCGGUCUACAGUCGAAUAGUAUUUUAUUGCGUGCAGAAAAAAUGUGUAUAGCGCAAACGAUUGCGGCUACGUAGGGCAUUAACGGUUAAUAUUUAUAUAUAACACAUAUUUAUAUGUAUAUUAUAGAUAAUAAUUUAUUACCCGUUGACAAUGGGCAAUAAGGCAAUAACUGAUAAGCGCGAUUUGCCGUUCUCGUCGAAUGUAUACAAUUUCCGUGUAUUAUUUUUAAUACAUCAAACUUUCAACGAACCGGAACAAUUACGCUAAAUACGAUUUUUUUGUUUUUUUUUGUUUUGCGAACGGAACACGGCGUGUUUAAAUGCGUUCCGAGCCCCGAUCGAACCGUUCCAAACGGUUUACCACCUAUCCGUACGUGUCCUUUUUUUUAUUUUUCGUCGAUUUCCGGGUUCUCCGAUUGCAGGCGACAGGGAAAAAAAAACACACGCUGUACUAAUAUGUCAUACGACUCCGCUUGGAAUCGCUUUUCGUUUGCGACGAUUCGUCGUCGAUUACAGCGCGCGAACUAAAUCGCUACGUUCAGUGUGUUUUUUUUUUUUUUUUAAUUUUCUACGAACACGUCACCGGCGCAAUCAAUUCGUUUAUAGCGGGGGGGGAGGGGGGCGGGGCGGGCGCGACGCUCGUGUAACGCACGCAGUAUCCGCAGCGUACGGUCCGACCGUGAUAAACCGUCGGCGGACGGGGAUAACGCGAGUUUACGAGUCCGCUCCAUUACGGUGAAAUAAUCGGCCGUGACCUUUUGGCGGACCCGCUAAAACCGAUACGCGCGAAACGGUUCGCGGAUUUGUCAUCGCUAUUCCACCGGUACACCUUUCCGAUCGGCGCGCGUUUCGCCAAUUCGGACGCGAACACAUUACCGAUCAUCAAUAUUCGUAAUCGUAAAUAUCGUAAAAUAUUUACCGCUCGCGCGUUUCUCUCCCUCGGGCGGCCGUCGAUUAUCAUUCCGUUCAAACCGAGACGCGCAUAGCGAUGAGCCGAUGACUAACGUGCGAGACGCACCACAAAGUCUAAUAAUAACACCCGACGAUGCGAUACGACUGACUGCGUAGACAACGGAUUUAUACGCGCCUAAAAUUCACGACAAAGCGCCUUAACGAUGUUAUAAAAGCUCUGCAAAAAUUACUUGGAAUAUGUACAAAAGCGCAAUAAAAGGCAGGUAGGUAAAACGGUUUAAAAGUUUCCCGGUCUAUGGUUGUUGUCUCGGACUUAUUAAAAAAAAAAAAAAAUGCUCUGUGUUAAUCAUUUUUCAGUGUUACGAAAUGUUAUUUAAUAGGGCCAGAACCGUUAGAAUGGGGAUUUCAAAACCUCUUUACCGCUUUUGCUUUUUUGACGAUUUAAGCGCUUUUUUGCGGAUUUUAAGUACAACACAUAAAUCAGUUCCCUAGGGCCUAGCACGCGAGUGUCGUAUCGUUCGAGGACGACGUCCACGCUGGCGUAACGAAACGGCGAACUCGUGACGUCCUAACGAACAUACCGACGCGUGAUCGAAAUAUAUUAGUGUCGGAUUUUUUAUUUUCCCCCCCGGCAUCGGGACUUAUAAUACGUAUACGUAUAAUAUAACACAUUCGUUUUAAAACUUGGCGGUGAUUUUAUUUGUUUCUUUGUUCGUGGUCACAGGAGCGUCGCUCGAGGAAGGCAUUGGACGGGCGGGCGAAGUGAGCUGCGAUCUCGUUACGCACGAUUACCUGCACAUACCCGGCGGGAUGUUGGACAUCGGAGAAGAAAUAUUGGCGGCCACGGGCAACGUGGAGGUGUACACGCCGACGGCCGAAAAGUUCUGCGGCCGGAGUUUGUCCGGUCUGGCCAUCCAGGAGUUCGCCGAGAAAAUCAAAAUAAACGAUCCGCUGGGCGCGCAGGACAACAACACGAUCGCGACCCCGGUGACGUGUGAGUAUAAUUCAAAAUCAAUUGUUUGACGAUAUAGCUGGUGGGCGCCUAAUGGUUAUGACGUGCGCGGACUAGUCGAAUUCGAUUGUACUCUGGGGAAUCUACUAAUUUCUAUUUCAUAUUAACCUGGAAUUAAAAUCAAAUGCACAAUAAUGUAUGUACGUUGUACCUAUCACUAUUGGAACAUACAAUGCAGAAACACAAUAUAAAUACAUGUAACUAUAGUAAAAACAUACAAUACCGUAAAACGAUAAGAAUGUCCACGAAAGUGAUUCAAUUAUCCGGUACUGCGCGAUUCGAAUAAUUCGAAUGUUCCAUAACAUGCGACUCGGUUCGGAAUUUUCAUUUUUGUUUCCAAUGGUUGAUACUACAAACAAAUGCUCACAUUAAGCGGAAUACACUGUAUCCGCGAGCAAAUAACGAACCUAAAAUACAUUACGUUUUCGUGGAUGCGACAAUGGCUAUGUGGACGGCUAUGAUUUGUACUUGUAUACACGUACGCGCAUUUAUAUAAAUCAGUUUAAAAAAAAAUACGGGAAAAAUAGCAGUGAUGUAAUGAAAUAGCAGUAGCAGUGAUUUGUCUCCAGUAAAAAAAUAGCUGUAACUGUUACUGUUAUCGCUACUAGCGAUUGCGUAAAAUAGCAACUAUAAAAAAAAAUAGACUGCAGCCACUUACUCUUUUACUGCUACAUCGCUACUAGUAAUACUUUUUUAGUGAUUGUUAUUGUGUUAUUACUAUAACUAUGACCCUUCAUUUAGACAUUUAUAACAUUUCUUCUACUCCCCCCCCCACGUCUUUCCAUCUCAAUCUUAUCUCAUCCGACAAAUUUGAUCGGUGUAAUAUUGACAAACAAAACUAAUUAAAGGUAAUUUAUGGGCAUGAAAUUAUAUUUUGUAAAAUCUUAAUAAUGUAAAUUUGUAUAUUACCAUUGUUUCAGCCUAUGCUUCUGGACCGAUCAUUAUCAGAUUCCAUACGGACAGUGUCACCGUGAGAGAACGAGAUAUCGGAUUUUCGAUCGCCUAUCAACAACUCGGCACGGGAUGCAACAAGAACAAAAUCAGACGAUGAUUUCCAGUUCCUUUUUUGAGUGUGUUCAACAAAUUUUAACGGCGAUCAAAUGUUUGACAUAAAUAUUUUAAAAUUUAUUUAUUAAUAUUUCCUUGUGUAAAUCUAUGACUAAACAAAAUCGAUUGUAUAAUUAUUUAACAAUAAUUGUAAGUAAAAUUUUAUUGAAUCCU